GCCAGCGAGAUUCCACUUACUUAUUCUUAUUGCCCUUCUUUAACUGCACAUUUUCCUCUUGUUUUUAUGCCAUAGAUUUGCUACGCACCUGUAUUCCACAUCGCUAUGUAUCACGGAAACUCCAUCAGACUUCUUGCGGGCAAUAGUCAUCCCGAGCUCGCCCAAGCUGUGGCCGAGCGGCUCGGAGUACCACUCACACCAUGUGAUGUAAAGAAAUUUUCCAACGGAGAAAUCAACGUCAAGAUAUCCGAGUCCGUUCGAGAGGAAGACGUUUUCAUCAUUCAGUCAGGAUGCAGGGAUGUGAAUGAUAAUCUCAUGGAACUCCUCAUCCUUAUAUCUGCCUGCAAGACUGCCUCCGCUCGUCGUAUCACUGCCGUAAUCCCAUGCUUCCCAUACGCCAGAAUGGACAAAAAAGACAAGUCCCGUGCUCCGAUCACGGCCAAAUUGGUUGCAAACAUGCUUGUGGUCGCAGGUUGCGAUCAUGUCAUCACUAUGGAUCUGCACGCCAGCCAGAUUCAGGGGUUUUUCGACAUUCCAGUCGACAAUUUGUUCUCGGAGCCUUUGAUGAUCUCCUAUAUCAAGACCCAAAUUAAUGGGUGGCAAAACAGUAUCAUCGUUAGCCCUGAUGCCGGUGGUGCUAAACGUGUCACCGCACUUGCAGAUAAACUUGGCGUUGAAUUUGCUCUGAUUCACAGAAAACGGGAUGGGAAAUCCGAAAAUGCCCCGGAAAGGAUGGAGCUUCUUGUAGGAAACGUUUGCGACAAGGUGGCUAUUCUUGUGGAUGACAUGGUCGAUACAGGAACGACACUCUCAUUAGCUACUAGAACUUUGCAUGAGAAAGGAGCAAAAACCGUUCAUGCGAUCAUUUCCCAUGGUCUCUUCGCCGAAGCCGACAUGAAGCUAGUGGAUAGUCUUCCAUUAGAACAGCUCGUGGUUACGAACACCAUCCCCCAAAGGCAGCAUAAAGAGCAAUGCUCGAAGCUGUUGAUCAUGGAUGUCAGCCCUACAAUCGCAGAAAGUAUCCGCAGAACUCACAAUGGAGAAAGUAUCAGUCUCCUCUUUGGUGAAUGGGCCGAUGGCAGGGGUAUGGACAUGUUCUAGACCUAUCUUUUCAGUUUACCAAUCGCCAUGUGGACUGUGUAAGCUACUAUUGAUAGAAUUAAAAAAAUACUAGACUUUUCAUCGCA